AGGGCCUUCUUUGUUUAGAGGUGAUAUACAGGCAGCUGUGGACGCAUCUAUGUAACUGCCUCCGUCUACCCUAACUAUUGACCGUUGGAUGAUAAACCUGCUUCCACAUCCAGUUCUUCGAUUCCAUCUGACGGUUCCAAUUAUGAGCCAACAUCCACCUCAAAAAAAAAAAAGGCAGAAACAUCUCCCCUAGAGCAUAUGAAAAUUCCCGAGAGUCUGACGUUCCCAAUUCAGCUCGUCUAUUUCGUCUUAACAUAAUUUCUUGAGGCGGUGCUGCAACCGGAACGCCAUGGACGAAUCGCCGAUACAGUCCGAUACUUUGCACUACUGGUGCUACCAAUGCGACAAGCACGUCUCCAUCGAAACCCUACCGGAUCUGCCUGACGUCAUCUGCAACGAAUGUAAGACCGGCUUCGUCGAGACAAUCGGCGUCGCGCCGACAGCUCCGGAGCCUCGAAACGCUGAUCAGAUCGACGAGCGCUCUUUGGUAUACGCGUUUACGCGACGCCUCCGACAUAUCGCUCAGCCGCCGAGUGACGACGAAGAUCCGCCUUCACUGCCUCCAGAUCACGCAUCUGAAGACGACUUUCUGAGAAUCGAUCUUGACGGUUGGGACAAUGACGAGGAUGAAGACGUGAGCGAGAACGAUGGAGAGGGAGAAGAACAAGAAGAAGAAGAAGAUCGAUCUGAUAACGAGAACGAAGGGAAUGUAUAUCGCCCAGAGAUAGAUCGAGAUCACCUCCGGAGGCGUCGCGAGAUGUUACGCCGUCGUAUUCAUAACCUCGCUGCCGCCUCCGGCAACCCGAACGCAGUCCUUGAUUGGGCGAUCUUGAUGGCAUCAGAGGACAGCACAAUCGAAUUUCAUUUUCAGAUGCCCGAACCCGAAGGUUAUACUGGAAAUCCGGAAGAUUACGUUGAUGCAGCUGGAUACGAGGAGUUGUUGCAGAACCUGGCCGAGAGCGACGGAGCUGCGAGAAGAGGAGCUCCACCGGCAUCGAAAUCUGCAAUUUCCGCAUUACCGAGUGUUGAGAUUAAGUCGGAGGAGCAGGUUUUAGCUUGCGCUAUUUGUAAAGAUGUGGUCUCCAUUUGCGAGAUUGCUAGGAAAUUGCCGUGUGGCCAUGGAUACCAUGGGGAUUGCAUCGUCCCUUGGUUGAAUUCCAGGAAUUCUUGCCCUGUGUGUAGGUUUGAAUUACCCACAGAUGAUUCUGAGUAUGAAGAAGAGAGGAAGAAGAGAUUGGUCCCAACUUCUGGAGGAGCUUCAGGUUCAGGUGGAGAGAAUUCGGAUUCUGGUUGACUUGGUUUGCUGCAUCUUGGGGGUGCAGAUUUUGAAGCUACAUCUCAGAGAUGCCGAUUCAAAGUUGCGUUCUUGGAGAUGCCAACUUCGAAACUGCACCUUUGUGAUUGGGCUCCUUGUCUUACUAGGAAGUCCAUCUUCAAGAUGUUGCUUCUAUGAAAAAGAUGGGUGCAGUUUCUUUGUAAAAUAUAAAGCCCACAUCUUAGGGAUAUGACUGUAGCAUUUUUCUUUGAAACCUAUAGUCACGUUUCUAAAACGUGGCUUCUUUGUUUUGUCUUGAAAAAAAAAUUCAGGGCUUGCCUAUGUGGCAUAAAUGGGUUAUUUUGUAUGUAAGUUUGCAACAAAUGUUACUUUUAAUUCCACCCCCCCCCCCCCCCCCCCCAAACACAACGCAUAUGGCAUUCAACUCCUAUUUCCUUAUCCAUGCAUACUUUUAUGGACACUGUUAUAACAGUUGAUAAUUGAAAACACGUUAUUCAUUUUUCAUGUUCA